ACAGAAAUAUGCCCAACGUUGGACGCCCUAGCCGUGACUGUGAGAGCUGUCGAAAACGUCGCGUGAAAUGUGAUCUAAAACGCCCUGGCUGUACACAAUGCCUGCGAAAGUGUCAACCUUGUCCCGGAUAUAGGGAUGAAUUGGAAAUGCACCUUCGGAGAAAAGACUUCGUUUCAUUCGAACUCGGCCGACAACAAGGUGUUCGUCGAAGACGAACAAAUGUAGGUUCUUCAAAGACAUCUGCAUAUGAAAGGCUAGGUUGUGUGGGUGAGCUGGAGGCGACCUCUAUUAAUUCCCACCUAAAACCGCCCAGCUCUUCCAUCACACCCCCACCAUGGAAUCUGGAAAUAUUUGAUCGCACAUUUAUCGCACAGUUCGUAGCAAGAAUCAGAAACAAACGUCACAAGAUAGACAAUAAGCAUGCGUGGUUGCUGAAGCUACCCGAAAUUGUCACGUCUCACUCAGCGCCACCUGCUCUAAGACAUUCUACUAGAGCUGCUGCGACAAUGUUUUAUUCGCUGCUAUACCACGACCUUGCAGCACACACUCAAGCAUGUCGCUGGUACAGUGCUGCACUCAAUGCCCAUCGGAAAUUUUUGUCGAACUGCCAAUCACCUGCCACUCCAGGGACCAACAAGAAUGUUAUGGAUUUGACAGGGCUAGAAGUUGUCGCUACUUCAGUUCUUCUAGCGGUCUUUGAGGGGUUUGCGUGCACAAGUCCAUGGGGAUUCUAUCAGCACUUUGCCGCAUCAUGCAAUGCUAUCAAAAUGAGAGGUCCUGAAAACUGUCGUACUGGGAUGAUUUCCCAGAUAUUCUGCUCCUUGAGAAAUAUAGACAUAUGUAUCGCGCUUUUGAAGAACGACGAGCCCAUGUUCUCGUCCCAUGAAUGGCGCACAAUACCAUUUUGCAACUCUCCGAUUCCUCACUCACGAGUAAUAUUCGACAUAAUGCUUGAAAUUUCAAGCUGUCUUAAUAUACAUGGCACAUGUGGCUCAUUGAUGGCAGCUAUAGAAAUGAUUCCAGACAGUCCCUUUCGAGUCGGUAUCGAGGAAAAGGCAUCUCAACUACUUAAUGAUCUCGAUAAAUGGUGGACUAAAUUUGUCAAUCUAAAUAGUACUUCAACAGAAGAUUUUACCCCACUUUCAAUAGUCACACAUGACGCUUGGGACGACAAAAGCCACGGACUAUUGUUGCAUCCUUUCAUUUUUCAAGACGGAUUCACAGCAUCUACAGUUACACUCUACUGUUCGGCCUGUAUAAUUGUCAUGAAAAUUAUGGAGGUCUGCGAUAUUAUUGGGCCCACUACAACUGCUUUGACGGGAAAUAGUAAAGGCCAUAUUAUCUCCUUGUGUGAUACCAUCUUCACUAUUGCGUCAUUUAUGGAGAGGUAUCCCUAUUGUGGCCUCGACUUUGUGCGCUGGGUUUUCCCUCUCGUUGUCGUCACUAAUUUAAGUCCAAGCAAACCCCAGAGGCUUCAAGCGAAAGACAUGAUGAAACGGUGGAAUACAACCUUGGGGAUUAGUGGCAUAUGUAAUGUGUGGAUACGAGGAUAUGAAGAAUGAACUUCGCAUCUUACAUGUAUGAAUAUAGAGUAUAUUUUAUGAUAGACUUCACAAAUCUUAUAGCA